GCGCUGAAAGUACAGAAGUUCAGAUCACCAGCCAGUGUUACUCUCUCUUCUCGUGGUUUUAUCACAAAGUUCAAGUGAAGUUUGUGCAUUAGUAAAGCUGACUCGUUUAAUAACAUCUCAUUUUUAGGCUCUUUGGUUUAUUAUUGAAAGCUCGUGUAUUGACAGGAUGAGACGACGAAGACCCCGACGGCUGCCGCCUCUCCUGCUGCUUCUCUCCCUCCCCCUCGUCGUCCACACUCAGGACGACGUGAGUGACAACGAAACCGCCGUCGUCGUGACGCUGAGGAGAACCGAGGAAGUUCCAGCGGUGACGCAAUCCUUGAUGCUGAGUAACGGAACCGAAGAGGAGGAGGAGGCGGGAGAUCCGAGCUAUAUCGCAGAUGUUUUAGAAGAGGCCGGGGAGAGCGGGGCGUCGCAUGUGGAAGGAGGAGGAGGCGGCGAUGCCGGUGCCGUUGGAGGUUCGAGUGAGGAGACAACCGCCGCAUUCCAAGCGUCGGACACGAGAGACGCCCCUGACGCUGAAAACGUGACUGACGCACUUCUUGGAAUGGGGGACGCGGGGACAGAGCCCCCGGACGUUAAUGUCACAGAAGCGAAAUAUACCGAAGCCACGGAAGGAGGAGGACAGGAGGUCACUACAGAGAAAAAUGAAAUGACCACAGAAGUUGUCAUUAGCAAACCCGAGCCCGAGCCUCCAUCUCCGGCUACAAAAGCGCCUCCACCUCUAACAACCAGUGUUCCGAAGUGUGGUGCCAAUGCUGAGUCUAUGGAGGGAGCGUGCAAGUGCGUGGCCGGUUGGGUACCUGAUGCGUCAAAUGGUUCUGCUUUGAGCUGCCUGUGGCCCGAUCUCUGCGCAGGAAAGGGAGGGAACUUUUGCCCCGAUGGUGCCCAGUGCCAUCAUGUGACCUACAGCGUAGUCUCCUGUCAAUGUGAAGAAAAGGGGAAAUAUUACGAUCCUCUGAACGAGAAGUGUGUAGAUGCCUGUGCCUAUUACGGGAACGUUAUCUGUGGCUUGGAGUCCAACAAAACGUGCCAGAUGUCUAACUCAACAGAUGUGGACUACACCUGUUCCUGUUCGAAGGGGUUUUACCUGAAGAAUGACACUUGCGUUGAUGCUGAUGAAUGUAGUACUUCUGAAAAUCCAUGUGGUGACAACGAAGACUGCCUGAACUCGAUAGGCAGCUUCUCGUGUGUCUGCAAACAAGGCUACCUCAGAACAAGCACUGGUUCCUGCAGCAAUAUAAACGAGUGCAGGAAUCCUCGUCUCAAUGACUGCGAUCAUCUGUGCGAGGAUCAGACGCCUGGCUUCACCUGCAGGUGUCACGAAGGCUUCGUCAUCAGCGGAGACUCUAAGAAAUGUCAGCUGGAAGACCCUUCCACAUCGUGUGACUGCAGCGACCCCGCAAGAAGCAUUUGCUACCGACCGCCAGGAGGCGAGCCCCAAUGUCACCCGAAGCCCGGGUUCAAAUUCCUCAACGGAUCGUAUGAGGAUGAAGCCGAAUGCGCGCACGAUGCAGAGGAAUGGUGCGGUGCGCACGGGGAGUGCGUCGAGGGAGAAGGCAGCUCGAACUGUCGGUGCAGGGAAGGCUUCUUCAGCAACGCCUCCAACGCAGCAGAAUGUAUUGCCGUUACGUGUCCAGUCGGGACCGUUCUUUCCGGCCUCUCCUGCGUAGACCCUUGCAGUCUCCUCGAGUGUCCGUACCCACUGCGCUGUGUGGCGACGGAGGGGAGCCGAGGGGAAUGCGUGUGUGGGAUCCUUUGCCAGGGACUCAUGAAUCCUGAAGGACUCAAUUCCAGUGUUUACGACGGGAGGCUUCUAGCCAAGAUGCCUUCGGCACCAGAAAGUGCCAUCGCUUCGAAGGUCACCAGGACGUUAAGCGCCUACUUUGGCAAAGGCAACGUGGAGGUGACCGGCGUUCAACUGCAGUCGAAGAGAAAGCCUCGUUCUACCGACACACUGGCGGAUGUCUUGGUCGAGUUUUCUGUGACAACCGAUCUCCCAAACAGAAGUCUAGAACUGAAUGACGUCAUCAAAAAGCAGUGCCUUCGCCAUGCUGACCUACCUGAUGGCACUUGUGUUCUUCCUGGACAGAUCGUCGUCAGCGAAAACUCAAUUAUAGUUGAAGUUAAAGAUCCUUGUAAAGACAAUCCUUGCCCAAGCACUUUUAUCGACUGCAUUCCGAGAAAAGACGCGUCUGGCAGACACCGAUGCAGCUGCAAGAGCGGCUACGUCAGGAUCAACAUGCGAGGACGCUCGCCUUCUGCGAAGUUCUGGAUAAGUAUACAGAUUCCAGAUAUUGACGAAUGUCACAACACCACCAUGAAGAGAUGCAAAGGGGAUCAGGAAUGUUUGAACACACCAGGGAGCUUUGUGUGCAGAGAGCCAGCUGCGAAGCUCAGUGGGGAAAGUAGUACUAUGAAGGACAUAGCCGUUGCCUUCGGGAUUCUGUUUGCUGCGACGCUUCUCAUCGCUAUUGGACUGGGAUAUUUGCUCAUGAAAAAGUCCCAUCGGGUGCGAGAGAUGGUUCCCAUGACAGAGACAAACUCGGGGUUUGAGAACCACGCCUUCCACAAGUAGAAUGUUCAUCCAGGCACCAUAACAUAACUGGGGACCUGAUGUAUGUGCGCUGGGAGAACACUGUAAAAGUGAGUGGUGUCAUAAACUAUACCUUGCAACUUGGCAGCACUUUCAAGCAAACAACUCUUGCGGUCACUCUCAUUGCCCAAGGGGACCAUGCUACCAUCUGUUACGACAGCGCCUCCAGAUGUGGCUGUUUCCUGUAAUAGCUAAAGGCCCUCGAUGGUACUACUACCCGUUGCUGCUUGCAGACAUCUUGAAGGAAACAACUUCAUUGUUGACUCGUGUCAAGGAACACUCAACUCAGCAUUGUAGUUUCUGACUGCCAAGGUUCCUAGAAAGCCUUUUCAAGGGUCGCGAAGAGCCCAGAAUCUCGUUCAGAAAUACCAAGGACCGUGGAAAUGAACUCCGUUGUUCUCUGUCGCGAUUGGCCUUGGAGAAGAGAUUCUUCUUCUUCCUCUUCUUCGCUCACAGGUGGCAACGUUGGUCCCUGGAAAACACCUGCGCCAGUGACACCUUGAAAAGGGUUUUCUUUCAUUGUGCCAUAGAAGUGGGAGUGUGGAGAAGCCUUGGUCGAUGUGCUUUUAUACUCUUUUCUAAUAACCUUUCUUCGUCGCAUUAUCUCUUUUGAUGAUCGCAAAUGGUGUGUGUACCUUAUCCUAAUAAUGUAGUACUGAGGAAAACUGAGUUGAUUUCCACACUCUUUACCAUUUUGUAAACGUUUUGCUGUGCGUCAUUCGAAGCGUCAACAAACGUGGACCAGAGAAUAUAUAGUAUCUGGCGAAGAAACUGAAGAAAAGUCAAAUGGAAAAUAACCGAUUCCAAAAAGUUACGAGGACAUCAUUGGAAGGAUGUCGACUUCAUCCCAUCCUAGCAGAACUUUGAUUAUGUAUACGUCGCUGUUGUAAAAACUGACCAAAAAUGAAAGGACGUAUUAAAGGAAACAUGCAUUGUGAAUUAUUACAAUUAGAAUAUAUCGUUUUAGGCAUUAAGCGUUCCAGUUAGUGUGGGUAUUGACCAUUUCCUUUUUAAGUGAAUGAAUAUCUUUCCAAGCGAGAGAUGCCAAAAUAUUCAUGAUUUAUUAGAAAGUUCAGACAGAUCGACACUUAUGAAUUAUGGUAGUUAUCAAGUAAUCUCUUUGAUAUUAAAUGACGAGAAAUGUAACCGCAAGGGUACUGUGUGAAAAAUAAAUUGUCAAACAUGAUUAGUUUUCACCAGUUGACCCAUGCGGGUAGACCGAUGAGAGGAAGAGAAGAAGCCUUCUUUAACAUCCGAUAAUUAUGAUAUUUUGUCCACUCCUGUAUGACACAUGCAAUGACAAUUAUUCCAAACAUUUCUAGUGCUUGGACAGAUUCACAGGGCUGAUAUAUACAGUAGAUAGAUGUAGUGCUUCAAACAAUAUGUAAUUUUUUUUUUUUUUUUUACGCAUGUUAAAUACGGCAUCGUCUAUACUCUGUUUUUUCCAUCUGUCCAUCGGCCUGUGGUGUUUUUGUAUGGUAAAACUGCGUCCCGGACUUUAGACAGUUACAUUCAGCUUACAUUCAACGAUUAUAAUAUCCUAUUUCGAAUAUUAACGGUGUAAUUCGCAUACAGUAAAUUAUUAAAACACUCUUCAGUUGCAAAUGUACACCCAGAUACCCUUUUAUUUACCUAAAACUUACACAUAGCGUAACUAUCUAAAGCCCGGGACGCAGUGUUACCAUACAAAAACACCACAGGCGGAUGGACAGAUGAAAAAAAACAGAGUAUAGUAAACUCUGUUCUACAAACGUGUUCAUUUUUACUAAGAUUUGUGUUAGGAAUGCAGUUUUGAUCUUUUCCAGUAGUAGUAGUAAGGGAUGGAGGGGGAGGGGGAGUUGGCGCUGUAGUAGUAGUAGUAGAAAGGCCGAGGCAUGUAGAGAAAGAGAGAGAGGGGGGGAGAUGAUUAUAUGUACGUGAGUGUGUGCUCUGUAUAAGUUCUUGUCUGAGGAGUGAAGCAGUGUGGCCAGACUUCGGCCUAUUCAGCGUCGGGUGAAGUGGUUGAAUCACCUUUUAGAAACAGUUUGUUUCUUUCUUAGAAUUGCGUUGCAUGAUUAUAUACUAUAUUUUCAAUUUCAGACGACUACUAGGAAAACUUCAUUCAUGUACUAGAAAAAGUUAGUAUUAGAUUGUCUUUUCACGUUUGUUUAUAUUUUGGAUAUUAUAUCAGCUUUGAGGUGCUUUCAUUGAUGAUAAAUAUUAUUAAGCAUCGUUCUUCAGCAUUUUCCUCCAGGCAAAGGCACGACGGUGUGGAUGGACCGAGUAACCCAUCCAUUGAAACAAGAGCAUACUGAUAAGAAAAUGGGACAAAAUACAGGAUGCAACUAUUAUUAUUUUAUUCAAUCGCACUUCAAAAGGGAUUUAAAUACCAUUAAAAUUAGUGGAUCACAUCUUCACAUUUGUGAGAAUGAAAAGUUUCAAGUAAUGGAUAAGUGUUACCGGUGAUGAAUGCAGACCGCCAUGACAGAACUCGAAAGGAUGCAAAACAGCAUAGAUGAUAAUCACUUUGCCAAUGGAUGUGAUUGUCUGUUCUAUAGAUACUAUAUUUAUACAUUUAAUAGAUUGCCUAAUAGGCAUAAGAGUAAACUGCCAAGUGUAUUAUGUAUGACUGUUAUCAAAUGAAGUUAAAUGACAGAUGACUACUUAAUACGCCUAUAUUCACUUCAGUGUUGACAACUUGACAACUGUGCUCUCUCUCUCUCUCUCUCUCUCUCUCUCUCUCUCUCUCGCCAGAUAAACCUGAUAAGUUAUUUUAUAUAUGCCAAAUGAUGAAAAGGAGAAGAACAAAAAUCAUAUUCGCAAUACGAAGAAGGGUAGUGUGGUAACGGUAAAUAAAUUUCAGUAGAGUAGAGUUUACUUGAGGAUGUAACAUGUAAAAAGAACAUAUAUCUGCAUUUCAAUUGUUUUACCUAACCCCCAAAUUAGCGUUUCAUUAUGUUAGUACUAUCUAUAUAAUUGGUAGGAGACCCUCUUUUGAACAGGUACCGUUGAAAGAUAUUGCUGCAUCAGCCGAGCUGAUUCUGUAGAGAGUUUUCUCUAUUUUUCUCAUGAAAGCUUUCUCUUGGUUACCACAGCUGGCGAGUUACACGCCAAUAUUAGUCAUCGUUGGGUUUGAAUAAUAAAAAGAAUGAUUAAAGUCAUUCUAGUGCAGUUAAAUAUGGAGAGUAAUAUCAAUAGUUUUACAUGUAAUUUUAAACGAUUACGCUGACGUUUGUCUCGGUUUCGACCGAGAUGAUCACAGUGAGGGAUCAGAGUAAAAUGACGGUACUUGCGGAAUCAACUCCAUAUAGUGUGGUAUGGAAGCAGGGAUCGGCCGCCUGCCGAAUUUUCAUUGAUUGUUGGUCUUGUUCUUGUGCCCUAUUGCCUGGAGAGAUUUGCAUUCAAGCUGUUGCAACCGUUCGGACCUUCGAGGUGAGGGGCUGACGCUGCGAGGCGGGGCCGUGACGUGACGGGACGUCAUUGCGGCUAGAAUUUUGAUGGCUGGUGCUUUGCCCUCCAGGGUGACGUCACUGCGGCCUGAAUUUUCAUUGGCUGCGGGGCCGCUCGUCUCAUCUGGUAUUCCUGCAAGGGACCCCCUGAAAUAGACGAACCGAACAUAGUCUACCAAUUCAUUUGCCCCCCAUCUGUGGAUGUCCCGGCUUUUAUAUUGGUAUGACUACGAUGAGAUCGUUAAAAAGGAUCUCGUGCCACCCACAGGAGGGAGCUAUUAGUAACUAUACCAGGACAGCACACCAUCAAGCCACCUCCCGUGACGGUAUCAUCCAAAACACCAGGAUAAUCGGGAGGAGGCCGACCAACAAUGCCUCCCCUGUUAGAGGCCCUCCUUAUCCAUAAAGGGAGGCCUUCAUUGAAUAGUACUCAGGAGGUACUCUUCCUCCCCACAAAUUUAGACAAAUACCGUAGGACACAACGAUAAUGCCAACCCGAACAACAACACAAAUGCAGGAAUAUCAGAUAAGAUUAACGGCCCUGCAGCCAAUGAAAAUCCAGGCAGCAAUGACGUCCCGUCACGUCACAGCCCAGCCUCGCAGCGUCACCCCCUUACCUCGAAGGUCCGCACGGUUGCAACAGCGAGGCCGCCAGCGUAGAGGAAAUGGCUUGAAUGCAAAUCCCUCCAGGCAAUAGGGCACAAGAACCAGAUCAACAACCAAUGAUAAUUCUGCAGGUGGCCGACCCCUGCUGACCUACCACUCUAUAUGGAGUAGAUCCCGCGAGUACCGUCAUCUUACUCGGAUCCUUCACUGUGAUCAUACUUGGUCGAAACCGAGAGAAACGUCUGCGUAAUCGUUUUUGACAUUAAGCAAAACGGCAUAGUUUAAAAUGACAUGUAAAUCUCUAUGGACCUUACUCUCCAUAUUUAACUACACUUUAAUGACUUUAAUCAUAAUUUUUACCAUUCAAACCCAAUGAUGACUAAUAUUGGC